GCUAUGAUAUUCAGCGCAUUGUUUAUAAUUACCAGGCCGAAGUGCUAUUUUGGACAGUGCUAUUGAGGACAAAAUCCCCCAAUAAAGGUACAAAUAAACUGUUUUAAAUACGAGAUACCAAAAUGUCAAUAGAUCAAAUAUUUUUUUAUUUAUGGGCAUACUCAAAUCUAUUUCUGUAUAAACAAUGCCUCCACAUAACAAGUAGACAUGUAUCAACUGUAAUAACUGUAAUUACUUUCCAAUUUCCAAUUAAACCGUAUAAACAAUUGAUAUACAGGUCAUAAUUACAGUUUUACAAUUACGGCAACAAAGUUCUGGCUGUAUAAAGGGUUAAAAUGACACAAUUAUGGAGAGCAGUUGCUGUGCCCAUGCAGGAUCCUGUGCACAAAUUGUAAAGUGGGCGUGCCAAUUGCUGGGUAAACAUUGGACAGCUCUCGUUAUGUGUUGCGGUUAACAGCGAACACAUGUUCGACUUCGCAUUUCAGAACCAAAACGUAAUGAUUAUUAAAUUUGUAUUAGCUGAACGAUAUAAUUUAGGGGCUGGCAGGCACACACAAUGUAACAAGUCUCUAGUAAACUAUUUGGUUUUCAUCAUACAGAAAUUGAUGCACUCACGUCUGGCUGCAGUUGUAAUUGUUGUGUUUUAUUUUGUGCGCAUUUUUAAGCACUGCAAACGAGUCCCAGCUAUGCGAAGCAUUCGCAACAAUUUGUCAGUAAAUAAUUUCGAUUUGUGCGCGACGUUGUUGUAUUUCAGCAUCUGUGUCUGGGGCCACUAUAGUCAGUCGUCUUGGUUAGGCCACAUCCCGGGUGUCAACAGAGCACUGAUUUAUUUGAGCGCAUGAUACGCUUCGUUGGAUUUCGUUAAUUUGUCCGUUUUCCGCAAAGAGGGGUCUUGCAAAUUCAAAAUGUAUAUGCGUUUAAACACAUAUGUAUGUACAAUAUAUAAAAUUUCCUUACAGAAUUCUCUGCCAAGUUUAAUUGACGCAAUGCCAAAAAAUCACAAGCUUUUGUCAUAAUAACAAUAAUCGCCAACAAGGCGCAUAAUUAUAUUGUAAUUUAUGCCCAAUGCAAACUAAAGAAACUCAAUCUACUCGAAUUGCAAUUUAAAGCUCGUAAAAUAUUUCAAACACUCAAACGUGACCAAAUGCUUUUUAAUUGCUUUCAAUAGCUUGCGUUUCAGCAAACAAAUACAUUUUUUUUUCGAUUGCCAAAAAUUUGGUCAAUUAUGGCCAAUUUAAACCACAUAUGCAAAUUGACAACCGUGUGAAGUGUGGCUAGCAUAACAAUUAGUGUGAGGGUCGAAUUGAUAUAUUAUGGCAAAUUAAGCUACGACCGAAGAAAGGGUUCAAGAGCUGAACACAUUACUGAUAUUUUUGGAAGAACAUGGAUAACACACUAUCCAAGCGUCGGAAGGCAUUAUUCCUUAAGAUAAAAUUAUAUUACAUUUUAGGCUUCGCAAAACAAGCCCCAAGAAAGAGGGUCACUUUCUUUUGCUGUGCUAGCCUUGGCUUGCUUUGCUGUCCCUUAUGUUAUUCUUUCAGCAAAUGAAUUUAGUCAAGUUAUUUUAAUUCAUAGAAAUUAAUCCACAUAUAGUGUACUCAUAUAUAAAUAGAUAAAAAACCAGCGUUUAUGAGUAAUGCAAAACUCUAGAAUAUAUGCAAGUGUUGCUGUUAUCUGCACUCACGUUUAAAUCGAAAUUGCUCCGUUAAUAUGCCACUCGAGAUUCUCGUAUGUCGACCCAAUCAUAUCAUAAACUAAGCUUGGUCCAAGUAGAAGAAUCGGCGAAUUAUUCUCUUCCCCCAUGGUUAAUCUGAGUCUGAGUCUGAUUACCGCAUGACUUGAAAGCGAUUAGGGAGACGCUUGUGUGUGUGUGUGUGUGUGUAUGUGUGUGUUUCUAGCCCCAAGAACAACCCCAACACAAAUAGAAAACAGACAAGCUCAACCGGUUUGGCAGCAAUUAUCGUUCAGCCAAUCACAGGCGGGCAGCGCUCAAACACUGCGCGCCAUAUUGGCCAUUAACGAGGCGGAGCUAGCUCUUUCUUGCUCUCCGACUAUCUCCCUCUCUCUUGCUCUCGCGCCCAGAUCGUGUGCGUAUGUGCAGUGGUGGUUGCUUUGUUUGAUAGCAUUGGGUGCCCGACUGUGCUGUGAAGUGCAUGUGGCUGUAUUGGCUUUCAUUUGCGCGCAGAUCUUUGAACGGUUCACUGCGUCAACGUUGCGCGCACACGUGACGCUUUUUAAAAAGUCUAAGCAAGUGGCCAAAUAAUAAGUUGAUAUGCAAAACGAGCACACGGCGCUGCUACCACCGGUGGAGAGCAGCACCAAGUUGGUCAGCAAGCCGUUUCCGAAACCUUUCUCCAUUGAGAGUCUAAUUGCGAAUCAAACACCUGCUGUUGUUCCUUCUUCCAAUGUCGAGCUGGAAAGGAAAAGGGAAAGAGAAACGGAACUGGACCGGGAACGGGAACGGAAUAGUAAUCAAGAGCUAAAUGCACGUGCUUUGGUGGCCAGCUCUGCCCUGGGUCUGACCCAGUUUCCACUUUACAAUCCCUGGCUGCAUGGCUACUUUGCCCAGAAUCACGAGCGGCUCACUCAUUUGAUUGCCGGCGGCGGCUACCUGGGCGGGCCCUUUAACGGUAAGGAGCCUCAGCCCCAACUAGCGCCCCCACUGCCACUGCAACCAACGCACGCCUUGGACGGCCUAAGCCUUAGUCCGACAAAGCCCAAUGAUGCUGAGUUGACGCAUCGUCUGCCAUUGGCGCAUCCACUGGACACCCGUUUUCUGCCGUUCAAUGCUGCUGCAGCUGCCACGACGACAUCGGAUCUAAGUUAUCGUCGCCUUGCGGAACUCAUGAAUCAGGAUUAUGUUCACAAUUUAAGCGUACAUGCGCGACUCCAGCACAUGGCUGCUACGCGUGACCAGGACGAGAGUCAACAUCAGCCACUGGCACUGGCUUCGACGCAGGAGCCGUCGUCUCAGCAAUCAUCACCCUCAAAGCCUCAUAGCCCCACGGAGCCAGCGGUUGAUGUGGGCAUGGACGAGGACUACGAGUGUAGCGGUGAUUCCUGCAGCGACAUCAGCCUCACGAUGUCCCCCCAAAACUACGCUGCAGAGCUUGAUAAAAGUCGGAACGGAGCUUAUACAAACUCGGACAGUGAGGAUUGCAGUGAUGACGAUGGCGGCCACUCGCGACAUGAGGCCGGCGGCAAGGAGUCCCAAAGCGGUAGCAGCAACAGCUCCAAGUCGCGACGGCGGCGCACGGCGUUCACAUCGGAACAGCUGCUCGAGCUUGAACGCGAGUUCCAUGCCAAAAAGUAUCUUAGCCUAACAGAGCGCAGUCAAAUAGCCACAAGUCUGAAAUUGAGUGAAGUGCAGGUGAAAAUCUGGUUUCAAAAUCGUCGAGCCAAAUGGAAACGGGUCAAGGCCGGACUCACGUCGCACGGAUUGGGUCGGAACGGCAGUGCCAGCGGCACUAAAAUCGUGGUGCCCAUACCCGUGCAUGUAAAUCGGUUUGCGGUGCGCUCCCAGCACCAGCAGCUGGAGAAAAUGUGCCUCAGCGGACCCAAGCCGGAUCUGCGCAAGAAGCUAUCAACGGAAGCGAUUAGUGGCUUUGAGAAGUUCAAUGCCAGCGCUGGCCCUGCUUCUUCAUCCGUAGGAGUAGGCGUGGCCAUGGGAGUCGGUAUGCCACCGAUUGGCGCACUAGCGCCAAGUCCCGCCGCCUCUCUGGCCCUGGCGCGUAGUAUUUAUUGAAGGAGUACGACCCAAAGUUGCACCAAAAACAUUUUUGUUAACGUUUUUUGCUGAGUUAUCUUUGUACAUACGAAUUGUCCCCCCCCUUUAAUUUGACUUAAGUGUAGAGACCAAGAUUUGUAAAUAAACACAAUUGAAUUGA